AUGGUUUCUAUUGACAACGGCUCAACGGCCACAGCGGCUGCGAACGGCCAUUCAGCUGCGGCCGUGGACGGCAAUGCUCUACCGCCGGUGUCCCAGAGCAACGGCGCGCUGCCGGAGAACGACCUUUCUCGGAAGAGGAAGAUGACGGUUCUGCCCUUGGAGGUCGGCACGCGUGUUAAUUGCCGGUGGCGGGAUGGGAAAUACCACCCUGUCAAGGUUAUCGAGCGCCGGAAGCUUUCUUCCGAUGGAUCCAGCGAUUACGAGUACUACGUUCACUACACGGAAUUUAACCGUAGACUUGAUGAAUGGGUAAAAUUGGAACAGCUUGAUCUCAAUUCUGUGGAAACAGAUGUGGAUGAGAAGGUUGAGGACAAGGUAACUAGCUUGAAAAUGACGAGGCAUCAAAAACGUAAGAUUGACGAGACACAUGUAGAGGGCCAUGAAGAGCUUGAUGCUGCUAGCUUGCGAGAACACGAAGAAUUUACAAAAGUGAAAAAUAUUGCCACGGUAGAACUUGGUAGAUAUGAGAUUGAAACUUGGUAUUUUUCGCCCUUUCCUCCAGAAUACAAUGACUGUACCAAGCUGUUCUUCUGUGAAUUCUGUCUGAACUUCAUGAAGCGCAAAGAACAACUCCAGCGGCACAUGAGGAAAUGUGAUCUCAAGCAUCCUCCUGGUGAUGAGAUAUACCGAAACGGAACUUUGUCAAUGUUUGAGGUGGAUGGGAAAAAGAACAAGGUUUAUGGGCAAAAUCUUUGUUAUCUGGCCAAAUUGUUUCUUGAUCACAAGACCCUUUACUAUGAUGUUGAUCUAUUUCUGUUCUAUGUGCUCUGUGAGUGUGAUGAUCGAGGAUGCCACAUGGUCGGCUACUUCUCCAAGGAGAAACACUCAGAAGAGUCCUACAAUUUAGCUUGCAUUCUUACUCUUCCUCCUUAUCAGAGAAAAGGCUACGGAAAAUUCCUUAUCGCUUUCUCUUAUGAGCUUUCCAAGAAAGAGGGUAAAGUUGGGACUCCAGAACGGCCCCUCUCAGACCUUGGGCUUGUGAGCUACAGAGGAUACUGGACUCGCGUUCUCCUAGACAUCUUGAAAAAACACAAAGGCAACAUCUCAAUUAAGGAGUUAAGUGACAUGACAGCCAUCAAGGCAGAGGAUAUACUAUCCACACUUCAGAGCUUAGAAUUGAUUCAAUACCGAAAGGGACAACACGUCAUAUGCGCGGAUCCUAAGGUCCUCGAUCGUCAUCUCAAAGCCGCGGGCCGUGGGGGACUUGAAGUUGACAUUUUCCUCAAGAAGGCCGCGUUCCGCUUGUCCGCGUUCUGCUCGUCCGCGUUUGGCCGGGCCGCCGGCGCUCGACGGGCAAAGACAGAGCUACAUUGGGCCUAG